GUGUGUAUGUGUGUGUAGGGGGGGUUAGCAAGAGGGAGAUAACGAGAGAGAGAGAGAGAGAGAGAGAGAGAGAGAGAGAGAGCAAGAGAGAGAGAGGGGAGAGAGAGAGGGAAGAGGAGAGCGAGAGAGAGACAAAGCUAUGAAAUUCAUCAGUGCGGUUUCCCUGCUUCUACUCUUUCCAGCUCUGAGCCUUAAUACUCGACCUUGCGCUCAGCUCUGAUUUUAACUGUGGAGGUCUGGUGAGAAGUGGAGAGGAGCUUUUGUACAACAGGGCUAUGAGGGUCUGGAAAAGAAGCUGAAAGAAGUGUUCAUGGAAAGAAGUGGAAUCCUGCGACAGCUUUCGAAAACAUCAAAGGAGCUGGAUGGGAUUAAAGGGAACCUGCAGUCACUGAAAAAUGAUGAAGCGGUGGCAAAGAAAGAUGUACAGCGAAUUCUGGCUUUGAGCCAGAAGCAAAGGGAGGAGAUGAAGUCCCUCCAGGAAGCCUUGCAGAAGCAGCUUAAUGAAGCUGCAGAGAAGGCCGAGAAGCAGCAGGCUACUAUCAAUUUCCUAAAGGCUGAGAUGGAAAGGAAGACAAAAAUAAUCAAAGACUUGCAGCAGGAGAACAAAAGCUUAAAGAACAAGCUCCUGUCAGGCAGCAAGCUCUGUGGUAUCCAUGCAGAGGAGUCCAAAAAAAUCCAGGCUCAGCUGAAGGAGCUGCGCUACGGCAAGAAGGAUUUGAUUUUUAAGGGGCAGCAGCUCACAGAUCUGGAGCUUAAACUAACUGCAGCUAAGAAGGAGCUGGAGAAGGCAGCGCUAGACAAGGAGUCACAGCUGAAGGCCCUGAAGGAGACAGUACAUCUCUGUCUGUCAUCGGUCCUGCGCAAUCAGCCUCCCACUGCGAAUCAAAUCCCUUCAAAGCCAUCGGAGAGGUUGACAUCCCUGCUCACAAACAGCUCCGGAGUUCUGUUCCAGCAGCCACACACCAAGGAUAUUUCUCUGCCUUGGAAGAGCGAAGCUUUGAAAACCGUGACCACGAAUGGCGAGCCUGUCAAGAUGGGUAUUCGGGGGCUCUCAGAGUGUCCGUCUCUAAAUGUUGGCAAGAAUUGUUCUCAAAACCAGACUGAACAAGGGUCAUUGGAGAAGAAGGCAGUUAAACUAAAUCCAUAUGUUCAGCAGAAGGCCCUCAACCCCUCAUGGGAGAAAACAGACGUAUAUUAAAGUCAAUUGAAGACAACAAGAAAAUACUAGAAAAUGAGGACAACAAGAAGGAGGCCAAUGGAAUAUGAGUCACAAAAUUGUAACAAUCCAAUUGUAGAUAUUGUGAAGACUUGCAUUGGAACAUUCUGUAUGCUAGGCUGUCGUUUUCUUUCUAGUGGAGGUGUAGUCUAGCACUGAGGCAUGUCCCACCCCCCACCCCUAUCUUCACUUUAGUACUUGUCUAUUUCUAAAUGGAACUUCCCUUGUGAAAAUGAAACAUAUUGUAACAACGUGCGGCGUUUCAUUUCAUGAAAAUAAAACCUCUGUUGACAGACCAAUAUUCAGAACGGUUCGUUUAUUAAAAUGAAAUUAACUCAAUUGCCAGAUGAAGCCAAUGGCAAAGUUAAUAAAGUGGAGACAUCAGUCACUGUAAUGUCUAAAGCGUCUGUAUAGUAAUAACACCCAUAGGACAUGCAGCUGUUUGUCUCUUCUCCUCUAAUGACAGUGAGCUUUUAAUUGCAUCAAAAUGGCAGCAGAUCUAAAUAAAGACAUAUUUCAAAUCAGUAUCACCUUUCUGAUGUUUGCUAUAUUGAUACAGACAGAAAUCCACUGAAGAGAUGCAUGAGCACUGACUUUACAUUAAGUGUCUCUAAUUAUUGUUUAUUUACAUAGUAGUUACUUAGUAAAUUACAAUGUUAUUAUGCAUAGUUACAAUGUACUUCACAUGCAUUUAUUUGCACGAUAUAACCCUUACCCUAACCCUAACUCUAAACCUAACCCUAACAUGAAACAAUUGUGCAAAACAAUUUACACAUCAAGUACAUUGUAACUAUGCAUAAUAACAUUGUAAUCAUGUGUAAGUAUUCAUGUAUUUACUAAGUAACUGUUAUGUAACUACACAGUAAUAAGAGACACAAUGUAAAGUGUUACUGAUUGUUUAACAUAACCAUGGUACCCAGAGCUCCCUAUUUUAAUUAGGUAAGAGAUGGCAAUAUUUAAAUCUGCCUCUGUUAAGAUACACCCCAGUAUUUUCACAUCACUUCCACCCCCCAAUCCCUGACUCAAUCUCCUGAUUCCAGGUUCAGUUUUUUCAGAACUUUCAGGAGCACAUAUAAUUGUUCCGAACCAAUAAUUCCAUGAUAGGAUCUUAGAGUUCUCAAAGAUCUAGUCAAAACUCUGAGGAAAAUACACAAAAUAACCCAUACAUUAUUCUGGCUUCUUAUAUAUAAUUUUCAGGUUUCAUACACAGUUAAUAAUACUGGUACGAUCCUAAGGUGUGAGUUUUAUCAUGAAGCAGAGACCUACUAGGUAUGCUAAGUGCUAUCAGCUUCACCCCAGGAGAUAUAUAGCAGACACCAAUGUGCUCAUUACCCAAUGAAAUCACUCCCGUCUCCAGAAGUAAUUGCUGAAAUAAAAUAGCAGUUAUGCUACAGUACAUUUCUUUAAAUGUGAAAAUCCUGACAUUUGCAUAUUGUCACUGAAAUGUCACAUCACACUCUGUGACUCGAUUAUUAAUGACCAAAGAACAACUUAAGAUUGUUUUGGUUUUUCAUUAAUUCAGCAGCACACUUUCAGUCCUCGGUCACACUGCAGCUGUAUUUAUUGAUGAAUACAAAUCUUUAAAAGAAAAAGAGGAAGAGGGUGAAUAGAAUAAUUCCUCGAAUCACAAGGGCGGCACUAGCAACAGCUUUUAUGUUACAUAGUUAUUCUCCUAAUGCUCCAGUGCUGUUCAAAGUGCCUGUAAUAAAUACAGCAACACGUGUGUAGCUUGAUUUUGAAGUGCAUCAUAUAAUCUGUUGUUAUAUGACACCUUUCAUACUGAUUAUCAACAAGAAUAUAGGAAAUAUUAUAUACAGGACACAUGUUAAAAAAAAGAAGCUGCCUUGUGCCUGGCCGAAAAGUGUGUCUUCUUGACUUAGUUUCUGAUAUGUUAUGUUGCACCUUAUAACAUUUUUUUUUAUUAUUUUGUAACUGAAUUUUGUUAUAUUAUUAAUAGCUGGAUCAUUAAUCAACAUGUGCAUUGCUUUCAAAAGUUAGCAAAAAAAAAAAACACACAAGAAACAGAAUUCUGCAAAAGUCACUUAUUCAAUUCUUUAAGAUAUUAUAUUUUGGUCCACUGUUUAAGAUUAAAAUAUUUUGUAUUAGCCUUUGAUCAAUAACUGGGGGGGGGGGGAGUGCCUGCAGAUAAUAUUGCACAUGUAUUAAAGAAUGCAACCAACUCUAGAAUGGUUACAACCAACAGCAGCUCAAUAUAUUUCAUUUUUGCAAGGGUUUUCUAUCUGUAACGUGUGUGUGUUUAUUUCAAAGCAAUACUUUAAACAUUAAGAAAAAAAACAAUGAUUGUGUGCAUUUUUUUAUAAACCACUUUGUAGUAUGACUCUUGUAUCUAGACUUUAGGACUAUUGUCAGCUAUUACUAAUGGUUUUGCAGGAAACCCGACAAUCAAUCUUUUUAUGACAGAAGUUUCGAUAUAAAGGAAAUCGUAGUUGCUAUGUCUUUGUCGAAUAAACAAGUUGCUAUUGUGCUGGUGAAAUUUAAAUAGAAAAUGUUCAAUAUUUAUUUUGUUAUGAUUGAUCCUCUUUUUCUCAGCAAAUCACUACGCCAUUAAUAAAACAAAAAAGAAAAACAAGAUUUGUAGAAUGUUCUAUUUUGCAACAUUUUUGUCAGUAUUUUCACAUAUUGCUUCGUGCACAGACUUUAGAUUAUUUAAGAGGCCAUCUAUAGGUAUAUAAUAAUCUACACUAGAGCUUUCUAACUUUACUGCAAGGAAUAUCCAUACAUUACUGUAUGUACAAACGUCUUCUCUGCCUUCUUAAUGAAUUUGCACAGUUACGAGAAAAUUGAUUGGAAGUUUUGAAUCAUUUAUGCCGAUGGGUGCUCAAGGGAGGGAACAGAACAUUUCCCGAAAUUUUUCAAAUAUUGAUAACACACUAUCACACUUACACAUAGAAAAUGCAUUGAGACAACUGGCUAUGCAAUGUAACACUGCACCUACACAUUACAGUUUUACUGUAGAUUAUUUAAACACUGCUUAAAGCUGUGUACUUUUUGCAGAGUUAGGCAAAUAGACUCUGUAUGAUACAUUAUUUAUUAAUUAGUAAUUUAGCAGAUGCUUUUAUUCAAAGCUAGUUACAGAGACUAGGGGGUGAACUAUGCAUCACAACUGCUGCUGCAGAGUCACUUAUAAUAGGACCUUGGUUUUACGACUCGAAUUAGGUAAGAUAUACAAAGAUUUUGGCACAAGUUCUUGAAAGAGCUGUUGAAUGUUAAAGGCUGGGGUUGUCAUGGUAAUAUUGUGUUUUUAUGUCUUGUCUUUGCUAACUUUACUGCAGCAUUUUAUUAUCCCUUUCACUGAGCCUGUGUUGUGUCAAAUAUUGUUUUGCUCUGCCGUCUCUAUUAACGUUGCUAGAAAAGAUGAUCAGACCUAGCCUCUCAGAUGUAAAAGAGUCUUUUUUAUUUAGUUUAGGGGGCUGUUAUAUGUCUUUUAAAACUAGAGAGUUUGUUACCUGCUUGUUCUGAAUUCGUUGUAUAUUGUCCUCUCGAAUAAAUGAUUUGGUGCUAUUAAAGUGUGUUGUUAAUAGUGUUGUUGGUAACAUUAAGGCUGACAAACCAUUACUAAAGCAAAGCCAGUUUGGAGAUUAUAUCACAGCAUACAGUUAAAAGCAACAUGCUAAUUUCCAUUCUAUAGUUAUUUAGUUUAGAGAUCCUUUAUUAGUGUGUUAAUUAUGCUUAGAAAUAUUAACAUUUAUACACAAUAACCUGUUAUAAUAUUUUUUAUAUCAUUAUAACCACAUGUAACAGAUUCAUUAAAUGUUACUAAUACAGGCGCCUGGUAAACUGUACCUUAAUUAAACAUAUUCUGAAAUCCGUACCUCACCCUGUGAACGAUACCUUAAUAAAAACCAAUGUUUCCUUUAAUAAACUCAAACAA